AUGGCCCAUGAUGGGAGCCUUUCAUUAACGGAGAACUGUGUAACGCCAGAAUUAUUACUCUCAUCGCGUCUAUGCCGGUAUAAAAGGGUAAGACUUACUCCUCUGGCCCCAGGCAUUACGUCUCUGUUACCCAUGCGUUUUGUGCUCUUCAUCACAGCUACUCUCAACUGGUUGAUCGCCUUUGCGUCGCCCCUUUCUGCAGACCAAGAGCUUCAGCCGAGGGCGACGCACCAAGGAAUUGACCAGCAGACGUAUGACAAGCUUGUACUUAAGCUUGAUUAUCUCAAGGAUGCACUGAUCUGGCGGAAAUCCCUACACUGGGUACCCGGCCUGAGUAACGUUGGUUUCGCGACAGCCCACUCUGGCUUCAUGUCUGGCUUCAAUGCCGUUGGUAAAGACGUCCUGGGAGUUGUGUCAUGGCAAACUUCACAGUAUCCCUCCUAUCGGAUCGUCCUCACCGGACACUCGUUGGGUGGCGCCAUUGCGUCCCUUGGUGCGCUUGUGGUGAAGUCAGCGCUGCCGCAGGCCAAUGUCGUGCUGUAUACGUAUGGACAACCAAGAGUGGGUAACACCAACUUUGCAUCAUACCUAGAAAAGAUGAUAGGAGUAAACAACGUCUUCCGAGUCGUCCAUACAACUGAUUCGGUGCCGCUCAUUUUCCUGCGAAUUACGGGAUAUCGACAUUUCGGUACGGAGUACUGGAACUUCAAAGAUCCAGCAUCCCCAGCUACCGUGACGAGAUGUAAUGGUGGUGAAGACCCUAAUUGCAGCCGUUCACAAUGGCCCAUCCACUUCGACACUCACGAUAACUAUUUUGGAAUAAUUUUACCUGCGAAUAAUGGCUUUUGCAGUUAG